AUGGUGGCCUUCAUCGGAGCGGUUAUCUGCAUCAUCGCGGCCGUCCACACCGGAUCCUCCAAGGCUGCCGCGGCACAACAGCAACCUGCAACCGACAACCACUCGCUGUAUCCGGACGCGGCGUCGCAGACCCCCGCUGCCGGGGGCUCCGUGGCCAGGGCCGGAUCUUUGGGCGCUCUCCACGGUUCUGAAACACCCGAGUCAGAGGCGCCUACUUUCAACAUCGGGCUCAGCGGGCUUGAUGGGGUCACUGGACUCACCGGACAUGACCCGACGGUCAGCCGACUCAUCUGCACGCCGAUCCCCGCCGGGGAGUGCAACCCGAAAAACUUUCAGCAACAAGCGGACGACCCGUCGCUGUACGCCGGCGAAGAUUGGGGUUACCUCCGCACCACCGCGGAGGAACUCCGGCAGACCGUUCUGCAGCAAAAAGACCAGAUAUUGACCGACCAGCGGACCAUCCGCGAACUGACGGGGAAACUGUCCGAGUGUGAGAAGGGGCUGAACGGUAGGAGCAGCGGCGAGGACAGACGAGGGAGCCCUGCGGGGAUGUGGGGGGGCAAAGGCACGGCGGAGGAGGCGCACCUGGAGCGGAUCAUGGUGCGGGACAGCCCGGCCUCGGAACCCGAUAGUGUCCACUUGCUCACCGUCAGGGCUGUGGAUGAGCUGGAGCAGGCUAUCACUCAGCUCAAAGACCGCAUAGAGAAACUGGAGACAGACAUUGGCCCUUUUCCUCACAACCAGACGGACAGUAGCACCUCAGGAGCACCAGAGGAAGGUAGGAUGUCUGGCGGCCCAGAAGGGUUUGCUGAUCCUGGAAACAAAGAUGGUACUGACAGGCCCUGGAGGAUGGAAGACUUAGAGGGGGAGCUAGAGAGGAAGGUGGAGCAGCUGGAGAAAGAGAGAAAAGCCCUGAGGCUGGAAACGGAGAAACACAGACAGGAAAUUGACCAGGGCAUCAGUAAACUACACCACCGAAUCUCAGGACUGGAGGAAGGUGUUUCUGGGCAUCCUUACCCAGAGGGCUACAGACUGUCCUUCCCAACAAGGACAAACUACAUGUACGCUGUUGUGAAACACUCCAUCCCAGCGCUGCGGGCCUUCACCCUCUGCCUGUGGCUGCGGUCCGCGGAGGGAGGCAUCGGGACGCCUCUGUCUUAUGCUGUUCCUGAGCAGCCGAACGAACUGGUGCUGCUGCAAGGCCUGCACACCCCCACUGAGCUGCUCAUCAAUGACAAGGUGGCGCAGUUACCUCUGAACCUCUCCAGAGGCAACUGGCAGCACAUCUGUGUGAGCUGGAGCCAGAGGGGAGGAGCCUGGCAGGCCUACCAGGGGGGGAAGCUGAGGGGCGAGGGCCACGCGCUGGCAGCCGGACAUCACAUCAGACCUGCGGGAGUGCUCAUGUUGGGGCAGGAGCAGGAUUCCCUAGGUGGGGGGUUUGAUUCCUCCCAGGCCUUGGUUGGAGAGUUGUCCCAGGUGGGUCUCUGGGACCGGGUCCUGUCCUCUAGCCAGGUGGCCAGCUUGGCUCGCUGCGGCAGAGUAACACAGGGCAGCGUGGCCCCCUGGACUGAGAACAGAGUUGAGGUCUACGGCGGAGCCACCAAGUACCCAGGGGAGCCAUGUAGUAAACACAGCAGGGGCUCUCAGUGA